GGAGGCAGCUGGAGCAGGAAGGACGGCGGGCGGACGGGAAGGAGCUGUGAAUGCUAAUAUAACCGCUUCAUUGGUCGGGUUUGUCGAAAGCUCUCGCCAUGGAGCGGAGCUCCGAGCUGAAGUGAAGCCUGACGGCGCCAGCAGCAGCUGCUGCUCCCCGCACCUCGCUCUCCGUCCAGGCUCCCCGUCUCUCCGUCUCCGUUCGAGCCUGUUUUUCUGAGUGAAAUGUAUCUCGACUGCUCGGGACUCGCAUUCUGACAAUGGAGAUUGAAAAUAUUGUGGCCAACACAGUUCUGCUGAAGGCUCGGGAAGGAGGAGGAGGAAAAAGGAAUGGUCGCAGCAAGAAGUGGAAGGAGAUGCUGAAACUCCCGCACGUCAGCCAGUGUGAAGAGCUGCGCCGCACCAUCGACAGGGACUAUACCAGUCUAUGUGAGAAGCAGCCCAUUGGUCGGAGGUUAUUCCGUCAGUACUGUGAUACAAGGCCAGACCUGAAGCGCUGCAUUGAGUUUAUGGAUGCUGUGGCAUUGUACCAACUAGCUCCUGAUGAGAAGAGGAGGGACUGUGGACUGAAAGUUUUGGACACAUACUUUAAUAAUGGGGCGGCGGCUCAUCUGCCAGAAGUCCCCCAGGACAUCGUGACAGGCUGCCGGGAGAGGCUGGAGCAGAGUCCGUGUAAGGAGCUCUUCAAUGACUGCACCAAAAUAGUUCGUGAUCAUCUGAGUGGGGCUCCAUUUUCUUCCUACCAGGAGUCCAUGUACUUCUCUCGUUUCCUGCAGUGGAAAUGGUUAGAACGGCAACCGGUAACCAAAAAUACAUUCAGACAUUACAGAGUACUUGGAAAAGGUGGAUUUGGCGAGGUUUGUGCCUGCCAAGUACGUGCCACCGGUAAGAUGUACGCCUGUAAAAAGUUGGAAAAGAAACGGGUGAAGAAAAGAAAAGGUGAAGCAAUGGCACUAAAUGAAAAACGCAUUUUAGAAAAAGUUAACAGUAGUUUUGUAGUUAGUCUAGCCUACGCCUACGAGACCAAGGAUGCGCUGUGUCUAGUGCUGACCAUAAUGAAUGGCGGUGACCUAAAGUUCCACAUCUACAACAUGGGAAACUCGGGCUUCGAUGAGGAAAGGGCCAUCUUUUAUGCUGCAGAGAUCUGCUGCGGCCUGGAGGACCUGCACCGUGAGAGGAUCGUCUACAGGGACUUAAAACCUGAGAACAUUCUUCUGGACGACCGUGGACACAUCCGUAUUUCAGACUUGGGACUUGCUGUUCAAAUCCCUGAAGGAGAGACGAUACGAGGAAGAGUGGGCACAGUUGGAUACAUGGCUCCAGAGGUGAUCCAGAACGAGAGCUACAGCUUCAGCCCGGACUGGUGGGGGCUGGGCUGUCUGGUCUUUGAGAUGAUCCAGGGCCAGUCACCGUUCCGCAAGCGCAAGGAGAGAGUGAAGCGGGAGGAGGUGGACCGACGGGUGCGGGAGGACCAGGAGGAGUACUCUGAGAAGUUCUCCGAGGAGGCCAAGGACAUCUGCAGACAGCUCCUGUCCAAGGACCCCAAGGAGAGACUGGGCUGCCAGGGCAGCGGGGCCGUGGAGGUCAAGCAGCACCCCAUCUUCAGAAACAUCAACUUCAAACGGCUAGAGGCCCACAUGCUGGACCCUCCGUUCAUCCCAGACCCUCGAGCCGUGUACUGUAAAGACGUACUGGACAUCGAGCAGUUUUCCACUGUCAAAGGCGUGAACCUUGACCCCACCGACAAUGACUUUUAUCACAAGUUUGUCACAGGCAGUGUCUCCAUCCCGUGGCAGAACGAGAUGAUCGAGAUGUCGUGUUUCAAAGAAAUCAACAUCUAUGAGACAGACGGAACGCUGUGCUCAGACCUGGACAUGGACCGGCCCAACCCUCCGCCCAAGAGAGGCUUCUUCUACCGCCUCUUCAGGAGAGAGGUCUGUCUUAAGAGCGCUUACAGUGACGACGACAUUGAAGAGCCGUCCCGACUUUAAACCACUCCCUCCCCUGCAACCUCCACCAGAGCAGAGCUUCACCACCAACUCCGAGCGCCGACCCUAGGAACUCAGUGAAUGUUGACCUGUAUUUAUGAGCUGUAUUAAAAGUGUAUUAUAUUUAAAGAAAAAAGUAUGAGUUUAAACAUUUUGUACAUUUGUACUUGAAUUUAUGUCUAGAUGUAUAUUUUCACUGAAGGUUGUAUUGUACAAAAAGCCAUAAAAGUACCACUUGAAUGCAUACAUUGUUUUAGUUUUUUUAAAGAUUAUUUUGCGGCUCUAGUGGCCCUUUAUUCAAGUGUCAGACAGGAAGGGGGUGGAGAGUGAGAAUGGGGAUUUGAACCUGCGACCUGCAGGAGAACUGAGUACAUGAGCCUCUUGCUUAACCCACUGCACCACCGAGCGGCCAUGUUUUUAUUUUUUUAAUGCCUAUUGCCCAUUUGUGAGUUUCUUUUAAGAAAAACAGUAUAAGUCUGAUGUGCCGAGGCAGUUUUGUCAUUUUCCAUAUGUGCUGUUUGUUUUUUAUUUACCAAACUCUGUAUGUGUUUAUAGCACAUCAUUUCCACCUGAUAGCAAACUAAUAAUACCGUCUGUAAGAGCAGGUAGAUCUGAAUGAAACAUUUACUGUGGAUCAAAAUGAUACAAAAAAGUAGCUUGUUCUGUUUUUGCUGUUGAUACUCACUCUUUUAAUUUUUUUUUUUUUUUCAAUUUGAUAAAACUAUGUAAAACCCCCUACAUAAUUCCUUCUACCUAGUUACCAGGUUGUGCACUAAAGCAUUUAUAGUGGACGGUCUUCUCAGUGCCUGUACCAACUCACUUCUGGCAGAGAUGGUAUAAAUGUGUUUUAGUAACUCUUUAAGUCGGCAUGAAAAAAAUAUUGAGCAACAUUGAACUUCCAAGCAAACAUUAGGGUAACUGCCUGAGGUGCAGACGGCUAAGAAUAUGAAUUUUAGACGCCCAUCAUGGUUUGUUGAUUAACUGUUAAUUACAUUGCUGGCUAAGGCGGAAUAUUUUUGAGUUAUCUUUACCCUCUCUGCUUUAUCCUGCUUUCAUUGAUCUACCAAGCUUUUAAAUUAAAUUCUGUUGUAGUUAGGACGUAAGAUAUUGGAAAAACCAGAAAUCAUUUCCUUGACAUUUCUUUUUUUAAAUAAUUUUUUUUUUAUUCCAAAAAAGUCUUCAACUUGUGGACUAGAAAUAUGUUGCAGCAAGAGGACACUUGCACUUGCCCUGCACCUACGGUUUGCUUUGUGUUCAGGUUAACUAAGAUGAAAAGGCUGUUGCAGAGCAGAGACACCUGCAAUUAAACUUCCAUUUAGACACCGCCCAACACGGCUUUGGCUGUGUUUUGAUGACGUUAAUGAAACUAUUACAUUCAAAUCCUGUGUUGCAUGUCUUCAGACAGUUGCUUAUAUGAGUAGAGACUGACCAAUUCAUGUUAAAGUGUCCAGGAAUACUUUACCAUGUUGACCACUUAGUUGACAGUUACGUUACCUUUUUCUUUUAUGAAGGAAAACAAUGUUUUCCAGGUUUCCCGAUCAUGAACAAUCUGUACACUGACCAUUUUAUAGACGGCAUUUUCUUUUGUUGCUUUUGAAUUUUCCUGUUGAGCCAUGCUGUUUAGUCCCACCAAACCUGUUUUAAUGCUGUGAAUACCCCAUCUUAACAUGUUAGUUUUGUGUAUGUGUAUUUAAGUAUUAGCUAAUUCAGCUUUGUUCAGUCUAGUGGAUUAGAGUACAUGAGCUCUACCUUUCUGCAGGUUAGUGACAUGAAAGAUAAUUAGAUCCCCGCUCACAACUUUAAUACUGUACACAUUUCAUAUGGAACGCAUGUAAGCCCCAGUCUGAUUAGAGAGGGAGCUUGUUUCCAAAGUGUAUCUGCUAUUGCACAUUCCAGUAUAAGGAAUCAAACGUGUGCAUCAAGGGGGUUCUCUGCUUAAUGCCACUGACGUUUCUUUGUUUCAAAGAAAGAUUUUCUUUUCUUUCACCCCAUCAGGCAGAUUUUGAAGCUAAUUUGUUUAACUGAUAUACAUUUUAUGUUUUAACUCUCUAGCUUCAAAAACCUUGUGAAUUAAGUAUUUCGAAACAAAAACUAAGCUAUAACGCAUCAAUUUCUCUCUGGAAAUCUAUAUUGGGUCUGCCACCCGUGCCCAUCAUUGUUUCUAAGAUCUUUUACCAUCCAUUUGGAAAUGAAGAAAUUAUAUUUAAUGUCAUUGCUUUAUAUAGUGUUUUAAUGACCAUGGGAAAUGUCUAACCUUUUUGCCAGUGAUACCAAAAGCACCAUUUACUAAAUUAAACAUGUUUAUUUAUAUAUAUAUAUAUAUAUAUAUAUAUAUAUAUAUAUAUAUAUAUAUAUAUAUAAACUGAGGAAAGACUGACUGCCUUUAUUAUGAGCUAAUUACCAAGUUAAUUUCUCAUAUCCUCCCUCUUUUUUCUUUGACUAUGUUAACCUUCCAUCCAGUGACAGAAAUUCCUUUUUUAUACAGGAACUUUAAACAGCUCAACUGUUUUGAAUGUCCGCACUAAGUGCAUUCUAAUGCCUGCUUAAAGAAAAAUGCUAAUGUUUUAUUACUCAAGCAUGUAUCAAUUUGUAAUACUUAAAGUUCAUUGUAUAUGUAACUGAGGACCUUCUAGUGCCAGCAUAUCUGAGAAUCUGACUGAUAUUUGAGGAAGACUAAGAAUAGCAAGGUGACCAGCCGAGUGAGCGUCCUUUUGAAUGAAGAGCAUUUCUUCUCUGCCUUUUCUUCAAGGUGCUGCUAGUGUGUGAAGCCAAACCCUCACCCCCAAUUUGGGAUGGCAUUACCCAGCAACAUCUAGAAUUGGGCAAUCCUCAGUUUCCUAAUGUCACUUGAAAAUAGUCCUAGGUGGUGCACCAGUAGAAAUCUACGGAAGAGUAUUAGGGCCAGGCAAGAGAAAAAAAAAUUUGAGAGUGGAAGAUUUUUUUUAUUGUGCACUUGGAGAAAAAAGACUAAAUGUAGAGAAAAAAGUCGAAAUGUCAAGAUUGUUGAAAUACAAUUUCGAGAAAAAAGUCGAAAUUUCGCCUUUUUUCUCAACAUUUCAACUUUUUUUUGACAUUUCGACUUUUUUCUCGAAAUUAUACUUCAACAAUAUUCUUGACAUUUCGACUUUUUUCUCAACAUUUGGACUUUAUUCACGAAAUUUCGACUUUUUUCUCAACAUUUGGACUUUAUUCACGAAAUUUUGACUUUUUUCUCAACAUUUCGAUUUUUUUCACGACAUUUUGACUUUUUUCUCGACAUUUAGACUUUUUUCUUAAAAUUUUGACUUUUUUCUCAACAUUUCGACUUUAUUCACGAAAUUUUGACUUUUUUCUCAACAUUUCGACUUUUUUCUUGACAUUUCGACUUUUUUCUCAACAUUUCGACUUUUUUCUUGACAUUUCGACUUUUUUCUUGAAAUUGUACUUCAACAUCAAUCUCAACAUUUCGACUUUUUUCUUGAAGUGCAUAAUGAAAAAAAAAAUCUUCCUCUAAAAUAUUAUUUUUAUUUUUCUCUUGCCUGGCCCUAAUACUCUUCCGUAGAAAUCUGAACGAUUGCAGUGCUCAACUUCUGUAAAAGCUUGUCAGUCAUAAUUGAUGUUUUCAAGGCAGGGAGGAAUGAUAAAUUGAUGAUGGGUAUUCAAAUUGGGCUAAGAGCUUAAGUUUUUUUAUUUCUCUGAAUCUGUACAGUCAUGUCAUUCAACCACUGCAGUCAUUGUUAAUUCUUGUACAAGCUGUAUCACUGGUGGUUGUACCAUAGCUGACAUUUGUAAUUAUGAAAUAAUACACUGCCAUUUGUAUACAAAACAAUAAAAAUUGUGU